AUGACGGACAUUGCUAUGGCUCUUCCAUUGACAGAGAAAACUUCCAACAGCUCCCUUGGAGGCCAGAACGAGAAGCGGGCCCAUUGCAUCACUUCGACGAUGGAACCAGAACUGCCUCCAAAUUUUGGAGAGGUUGUAAAGGGGAUCUAUCGCAGCUCAUUUCCUCAUCCUUGUAACCUUCCCGCUCUCGAGCAACUGGGAUUGAAGACUAUACUCACUCUCGUGGAUGAGCCGUAUACCGCCUGUCAUGCAAACUUUCUCAGAGAAAACGGCAUUGCACACUUUCGAAUCCCAGUCAUAGCAAACAAGGAUCCUGCUGCGAAGACUCCUGAUCAUAUUAUGGUCCGUAUCCUUGAGGCUCUUCUCAACAAAUCUAACCAUCCUAUCCUUGUCCACUGCAACAAAGGAAAGCAUCGUACUGGCUGUGUGAUCGGCUGCUUUCGCAAAGUCCAGGGCUGGGAGACCGGCGAUAUCCUCCGUGAAUAUCUAAACUACUCAUGGCCUAAAUCUAGAGUGUUAGAUGAGAGGUUUAUUGAGACCUUCGACACAUCUAAUCUUGUGCGCUUGGCCCGGAUCUCCGGUGCAAAGCUAUGGCAACCUACAAGCCCCUCUGAGAAACAAGACCACAGGAAGAACUCGUCAAAAAAUCUUGUUCAUUCAUCUCACGGGGUCAAGGUGUCAUAA